AUGUCCAUUAAUAAUAGAGGUUUAUCGAAAGAAUUCUAAGAGAGGAUUAUUAAUGAUUUAGGCAUAGUAGAAUGCAAUGAUUUUCAUGAUGGCACAUGUUUGUAUGCCUCUUUUGUAAGACUGCUUUAAUUAAUUCCAAAAUCAUACAAAUACUAUAUACCUAUCCAUUUAAUUCCAUUUCUCAUCUUCAAAAGAAAGAGAGUGAUUUAGAGGUAGAUAUCUUUAAAUUUAUGAAGACCCUUAAAAACUAUUUCUGUGGCUUUUUAUAAUUAUGCCAAAUCAGUUUUAUUUGUCUCUCUUUAUGUUGCUAUUUGUAAAUAUGCUUUAUGCAAACUUAAAAAUAUUAGAUAAAAAGUAGAUGGUAAAUAAUAAUUAAGGAUCUUUAGGUUUGAAUCCUGCACUUGCAGCAUCUGUUGCUUGUUCAGCACUUUUCUUAGAAUCUGAAGGUAGAAGAUAAGAAAUAGCAUUAUUUAUAUUCCCAAAAUCAUUAGAAACUGCAUGGAGAUUAUUAAAAAAGAGGGGAUAUGUAUCAAAUAUUAAAGGUUGGGAAUUAUUCCUAUUCGGUCUUGCUAUGGGAAUUAUAAAUUAUUUCUAUCAUUAUGACGUAAUAUUGAUAUUUAAAUAUAUAUAGGAUGCAGCAAUUAAAUCUACAUACUUAACUAUAUUCAAUAAUUUUUGGGGAAAAGAUUGA